CAGGAUAUCAGAGACAAGUUCAUCAGAAGGUUCAAAGGAAUGGAACAUUUGUAUGAAUAUGCUAAGAACACCAGUGAUGUGGAACUUUUAAAUAAGAUUCGAUUUGUUCGCCAACAUAGAGAGAGAAUACCGGAAUACGUAGAAAUUAUAAAAACAAAAUGUACUUAUCCCAUGGAUAUGGCUAAUGUGGUUUUCACUACAGCUCAUAAAUCCAAAGGUUUAGAAUUUGAUACCGUAUGUGUGAAAGAUGACUUUACUAUUGGCAAUAUUCCUUACCAAGAACCAUCACAGAGGACUCCCGAGCUUGAAAAUGAAUUCAAUGUACUCUAUGUUGCUAUCUCCCGGGCAAAGAAACGUCUCUGCAUUUCUACAUCUGUGUAUUAUCUACUUCUAGGUGCUCAGGAGAAGUUUGAGUAUCCAGCAUACUUGAAAAACCUUAUGUAUGACCGGUUGCCAUACAAACUUGAAUGCGUCAGCUGCAAAGACCAGUUUGAAUCAAGAAAUGUUCUACUGCUUGUAAGACGACCAUUUCGAACUGCUAACAAUCACCUGAUUCCUGGAGGACCUGUUUGCCCUAUCUGUGUUACCAAGAGUGGAUACAGUCCUCUUUUCCCACACCCAGACAUGGGUUAUGUUGGGAGUAUUACCGAUAAUGUACGACAAAGCCUUUCUUGUCUGAAUGUUGCUGAAUGUGUUCUUGUACUUGGUAGUGCAAAUGUCGUGGAAGAGACACUAUACAAAGAUGGCGUAGUGAAUAAAAAUGAUGAGAAAAAGGGUAAAAACCCAGACGUUUCCUAUGACAUCUCCCUUCCAUCACAGCACACAUAUUUGGGUAAUGAUUUGGAAGAAUUGAGUGGAAGAACAUUGCUAGAUGAUAACAGUUGUCAGAAUCUCCCACUUCUCCCACUUCCAGGAAUCGUACUAGUACCAGGUCAAACAAUUCCUCUACAGCUGUUUGAACCCUCAGUUAUUAGCAUGGUGAAACGAAUCAUAGAAAAAGAUCAUACACUUGGUAUAAUCAAUUCUAGAUAUCAAGCCCCUUUACCAGGUGUAGUGUGUGUUGGUACUACAGCCGAGAUAAGAUCUUACAGAGAAGAAGCUGAUGAAAAUGUUGGACUGUCUACUUUGAGACUCAAAGCAGAAGGUCGACAGCGAUUCCAAAUUAUAGAAACGAUGCGACAGAUUGAUGGUGUGUUGAUGGCCAAGAUAAGGAUUCUUCCAGAGGUAACGGUGUACAUAUAUUUUUAUGACAGAUUUGACUUUGCUAAUUAUACGAGGUGGCCACGAUGGGUUUAUCACCAAUAUGAUGCUAUCUUGAUAGUACAGAGAAUCAGACAGGAACUUGAGAAGUGGAACUGUUUUAUACCUACAGACAAAACUCCAAAAACUCCGUUGGACUUCUCUUACUGGGUCGCAGCUAACUUACCACUAGAUGACAACAAACGGCUUUGUCUACUGGGUUUAAAUAAUGCCAUCCAGCGAUUGAGAUGUGAACUAUCAAUGUUGAAAAGGUAUAGAACACUUUGUUGUCUAGACAUAUUUUGCAACAUAGAUAUUGCCAACCGGCAUGACAUAUUUAGCAUGUCAUUAGAAGGUCCCCAAGGGACUUAUGUCAACCCUAGUGGUUAUGUACACGAGAUUAUAACAACCUAUAAAGCUCGAGGACUGUUAUUAUUUGGAAGUCCUUCAACAGAACAAAGCUGGUUUCCUGGGUAUGCUUGGACUGCUGCUUCGUGCAGUGGAUGUGAUAACCAUAUUGGGUGGAAAUUUACUACCACUAACCGUAAAUUGGAGCCGCAACAGUUCUGGGGAUUAUGCCGAGCUGCUCUAAGGCCCGCUUUCUGCUCUGAUAUCGAAGAUGAGCUGUGGGAACCAAACAUCUGAUGCAUAAUUGAAAAAUCGUGAUCAAGAAGUUUAUCUGAGAACAGAGCUUUGAUAACUAUUUUUGUAUUAAAGAUUUACUGUUUAGAGAAGAAACAUGAUAAUAUACCCGUCAGUGUUUUAUUUGCAAACUUAAAACUGACACCAAUUAAUGCAAAUGCUUAAGUUAGGUUUAGAAUCAUUGUUGCAGUUGGCUGUGUUCUUUAUUUCACUGUUGAGAGUUAUGGUUUCUGUUGUAUAUUACUAAAUCAUAUUUAAUUCUGCUGGGACAAAAGACUGAGAUAGUUUAGUGGAAUAACUGAGAACGUAUGGUAUCUAGAUGUAGAAACAAGAGACAUGAAGCAAGCUCAAACUGUGAGAUAACAGGAAAGACUUGGUUUGAUAAAAAGGUUAAGUUGUAUAUAAUUACUAAAUGACAACAGUUUCUUAUUGAAUGAUGUAUAGAGAAAAGUGAAAUAUGGCAAAAUAUCUUACAACAGCACAAGAUAAAAGUAAUUAUACAGUUAAGAACUAAAAUAAUCAAUUUUAAAUAUUAAUUUCAUGAUGCUGUGUAGUGUUACAUGCAUAACUUUCAACACAUCAUUUUUAAACUAUUGCUCAUUAAUAUUGAGCAUAAAAUCUUCAAUCUUUAAGUAGGACUAUUGAAAAUUUAAUGGUCUGGAAGCUUAAAAAAUAACCCAUUUUAGUAUUAGGUAUAUACACAAUACUGUAAAACCAAAAAUACAGUUUACAAAAAUUCAGUCCAACAAAACAGUUGUUAGAGAAGUGGAACUUCCUGCAGUUUGUACUUGAUAAAUGGUUGCGGUAGGAAACUCCAUUACUUUAACAACCAUGUACUCGUACCACAUAACAUGUGAUAAACAGUUGUUAAAGUAAUGGAGUUUCCUACAGCAUGUACUUGUACUACAUAACGUGUGUUAAACAGUUGUUAAAGUAAUGGAGUUUCCUACACUGUGUGUACUUGUACUACAUAACGUGUGUUAAACAGUUGUUAAAGUAAUGGAGUUUCCUACACUGUGUGUACUUGUACUACAUAACGUGUUGUUAAAGUAAUGGAGUUUCCUACACUGUGUGUACCGUAGAGUUUAGUUUUAUGAUGUGUAUAAUCUUUCAGGUAGUAACUAAUUGUGUAUACUCUGCUUCACUUCCAUUUAUAACUGAAAAAUCGAUCUUGUGUAAAAUAAUUUCCAUGUCUCCAGGUCAGGUUUCUAAAAUCUGCUUAGAUUAGAAACUGUUGUAUAGUACACCAUUUG